CAGAAUGCCUCUGACUGCAUUCUCCUGAGCCACCCAAACCUCUAGGCAGCCUGGAUUCCAGGGACAGGAGAGCUGCCGAAGAAUGGGCACCACGGCAGUGAUCACACCUUCUCUUGUUUGGGGGCUUCUAAGUUGCUGUUUCCUCUGCAGCUGGGCUCUGGGGAGCCAAUGGUCCUUCCGCUCUCUGCCUCCACUACCCUCCCAAGCCAAGGCAGGACCUGGGCCCACAUGGAAGCCCCCGCAGGGGGCCAAAGCGGCCCUGGCUUUUCUCUACUCCGGAGACAUUCAACAGCUGUCAGGGGCUAAUUGCAGUGAGAGUUAUGAAGUCCAUGGAACAGAAGGCAGUGUGGGGAUCCCCCCAGUCCUACAGAGAGCAGCGGGCACCCUGGCCCAGGCUGCCAAUUUUCUCAACAUGCUUCUACAAGCCAACGACAUCCGGGAGUCGAGUGUGGAAGAGGACAUUGAGUGGUACCAGGCACUUGUCCGAAGUGUGGUAGAGGGGGACCCAAAAGCCUACAGGGCUUUAUUGACCUUUAACCCUCCACCAGGGGCCAGCCACCUUCAGUUGGCCCUGCAGGCCACCCGGAUGGGGGAUGAGACCAUCCUCCGGGACCUCUCUGGGAACAAGGUACAGGAAGAAAAUCCAGAAGAGGACCUGGACAGCCCUGUCCUUCAGAAGCGAGUACUGACCAAUGACCUAAGGAGUCUUGAAAGCCCCAAGUGGCCACGGGGGGAUGGGUACGUGGGGGACAUACAGCAGGUGAAGCUGUCUCCUCCCUUCCUGGAAUGCCACGAGGGCCAGCUCCGUCCUGGCUGGCUAGUCACAGUCUCAGCCACAUUCUAUGGUCUCAAGCCAGACCUCACCCCAGAAGUCAGGGGCCAGGUGCAGAUGGACAUCGACCUCCAAAGCGUGGACAUCAAUCAGUGUGCAAGCGGCCCAGGCUGGUACUCCAACACCCACCUGUGUGACCUCAACAGCACUCAGUGUGUCCCUCUGGAGAGUCAGGGUUUUGUCCUUGGCCGCUAUCUAUGUCGCUGCCGACCUGGAUUCUACGGGGCUAGCAGUUCUGGGGGAUUAGAAGAGAGUGCAACUCAGACUGCUGGGCAAUUGGGGUCCCCUCAAGGCAGCUUAGGGAAGCUGCUGAGGUGCCAGCCAUGUCCUGAGGGCUGCACUAGCUGUCUGGAUGCCACGCCAUGCCUGGUGGAGGAGGCCCUGGCACUGAGGAUGGCAGUGCUGGCCUGCCAGGCCUGCUGCAUGCUGGCCGUCUUCCUGAGUAUGCUGGUGGCCUACCGUUGCCGCAGGAGCAAGAAGAUCCGGGCAUCUGGAAUCUUCCUGCUGGAGACCAUCCUUUUUGGAUCCUUACUUCUCUACUUUCCUGUCUUCAUCCUGUACUUCAAGCCCAGCGUGUUCCGCUGCAUCGCUCUCCGCUGGGUCCGGCUGCUGGGCUUUGCCGUCGUCUAUGGGACCAUUAUACUGAAGCUGUCUAGGGUGCUCCAGCUGUUUCUGUCUCGAACAGCCCAGCGAGGCCCACACCCAAGCAGUGGGCAGCUGCUGCAGCGCCUGGGACAGCUCCUGUUGUUGGUAUUGGGUUUCUUGGUCCUGUGGACAGCUGGUGUCCUGGAGCCAGGCAUCCAGCACACGCCUCUGGUGACCCAAGGCCACACUCCCACCGGCCGCCAUUUCUACCUCUGUCACCACGACCACUGGGACUACAUCAUGGUUGUGGCGGAAAUGCUGCUGCUGUGUGGGGGCAGUUUCCUCUGCUACGCCACCCGGGCUGUCCCCUCAGCCUUCCAUGAACCACGCUACAUGGGCAUCGCCCUGCACAAUGAGCUGCUACUCUCUACUGUCUUCCACACGGUCAGGUUUACGCUGGUUCCUUCCCUGCACCCAGACUGGACCCUUCUCCUCUUCUUCCUCCAUACCCAUAGUACAGUCACGGCCACGCUGGCUCUGCUCUUCAUCCCAAAGUUCUGGAAGCCAGGGGCGCCUCCCCGAGAGGAGAUCUUGGAUGAGGUGUAUGAAGAUGAGCUGGACCUGCAGCGCUCAGGCUCCUACCUCAACAGCAGCAUCGCCUCAGCCUGGAGUGAGCGAAGCUUGGACCCAGGGGAUAUUCGGGAUGAGCUGAAGAAGCUCUAUGCCCAACUGGAGGUCUGCAAGACCAAGGAGAUGACUGCUAACAACCCCCAUCUUCCCAAGAAGCAGAGAAGCUCACGCCAGGGACUAGGGCGCUCUUUCAUGAGGUACCUGGCUGAGUUCCCAGAGGCCCUGGCUAAGCAGCACUCCCGGGACUCUGGCUCUCCAGGCCACAGCAGCCUGCCAGGCUCUUCUCGACAGAGGCUUCUCAGCUCCAGCCUUCAAGAAACUGAGAAGCCCCCAGCUCUGCGCAAGACCCACAGCACGUAUGACCACCACAGGGAGCAUAACACACCCCUCCUUGACUCCACACUGAGGAGGACCCUGUCCAAGAAGUCCUCGACAUCAGAGGGCCAAGCAGAGGGGCCCCCAGCCCUGGGCUUCAGGUCGGCCAGUGCCCACAACUUGACCGUAGGAGAAAGACUCCCCAGAGCCAGGCCCAUUUCCCUGCAGAAGUCACUUAGUGUUGCGGCUGGCUCCAGGGAAAGGGCUCUGCUUGUGGCCAGUCAGGCCUACCUGGAGGAAACCUAUCGACAAGCAAAAGAGAGAGAGGAGAGAAAGAAAGCGGAGGCAGUCGCAGUGAGCCCAGUGCCAAGCCCAGCGCUGAGCCCAGCACGCAGGCCAUCUGCCAGGAGGUUGGAGAGGCCUCUAAGGCCUCCUCUGUCAGCCCCACCAUCCCCUGCCAAGAGCAGCAGCCUUGACAGUUCUCAUACUCCGGGGAGGCCUCAGGAGGAGCCUGGGAGAAGGCUACCUCACCCACCCAUCCGGCACCAGGUCUCCACACCUGUCUUGGCUCUGUCUGGGGCCUGCCUGGGAGAGCCAAGAAUGUUGUCUCCCACUCCAACCUCCACAUUGGCUCCUGUUCUGUUGCCAACCCUGGCCCCACCCUCUACCCCUGUCCUGGCACCACCCUCUACCCCUGUCCUGGCCCCACCCUCUACCCCUGUCCUGGCCCCACCCUCUACCCCUGUCCUGGCACCAGUCCCAUUGUCCCCCCAAAGCCCGCCCCUACUCACUUUCAUCUGCCCCUGGGAGAAUGCAGAACUGCCAAGCAAGAAAGAAAAUGUGGUCCAGGAAGGUCCCACGGGGUCAGAGCAAAGCAGCCACCUACCUGCCUCAGCUCGGACCAGGAUCUGGAGGGCCCUCUCUGUGGCAAUGGAGAAAAGGGGAGCUGGAGAGAGUGAGAGGACCACCGAGGAUGGACAUGUCCAGGGGGAAACCGAUGACGUGAAUGAGGACAAGCCCAAGGUCUUCUCAAAAUCUCACAGCCUCAAGACCCCCCUGCAGCAGGGCUCCGUGCACAGCCUGGGCCUGGCCAUCAAAGCUCUAAGCCGUUCUAGGAGCACCUACAAAGAGAAGGAGGGUGGGGAGGACAACCCUGAGACUGAGAAGGGAAAGCCUACAGGGUUGAGCAUGGCGGCUCCACCCCGAUCCCCCAGGCGAGGCCGGCCCAAGGCAGUGAGCAAACAGGCUGCCCUUAGCCCCUGUGAAGAUGAGGAGUCUCUCCAGAACCAACAGAAUGCUCACACCAGCAAAAUGCUCCAUGGCUGUCACAGAGAGGGCAGCAGAGGACAGGACGAUAGGAACAAGAGGGCAUCACAGGGCCCAGGAGAGCAAAGAGUUGAGAGAACUGGUAAGCUAGGGCUUGCUACACUGAGACAAGUUUUUGGGGACAAAAAUGCUGAACAAGCAAAGGAAUCCUCUGUGGGUGAACAAGAGGCAAACAAUUCUGCCCUCCAGCCCCUAGGCAGUGCUGACCACAGGGUGGCAGAGGUAUGCCCCUGGGAAGUACCUCACUCAGGAAUGUCCCAGUCAGAGAGUAGCAACAAGGCCACAGUCUGCCCCUGGGAGGGGACUGAAGGAAACCUUGAGAAGACACCAUCAAUACAAGUUCUAAGCAGCUCCUGGGAAGAGAAGGAGAAAGCCCCAGAGGUAUCAGAGCCCAGGGGUGUGGGAGCCAUUACUGGGAGAAAGCCAGAGAGGCUGAUCCGGAGUCAGGAGGCAGUGUGUCCUUGGGAAAAUGCCGACCCUAGAGGUCUGUCUCCACAGUUGGCCCAUCGGGAUUCUGACAGAACCCAGGGCAAGUCUGCAGUAGUGGGCAGUCCAGAGGGUCUUCCACCUGAGGCUGCCAAGGCUGAGCUGUGCCCCUGGGAACUGAGUGAUAAAGGGGAGAAGACAUUGCCCCAGAGAGUGAAGGAACUCCCUGAAGAAAGGCAGAAAUCCCCCAAGAAGGCAGUUCUCUGGAGAGAACAGAAUCUGGGCAGAGACCUGCUGUCUCUCUGUCCUUGGGAAAGUACAGAUUUUCGGGGUCCCUCAGCAGUCUCACUUCAAGCCUCAGGAGGCUCAGGGAGUUCAGGCAGUGGUACUGCAGAGAUCUGCCCACGGGAGUCCUCUAAUGGCAAGAAAGCUGAGCUCUGUCCCUGGGAACUGGGAGCAGGCACAGACACACUGAAUCAGGGAGGGGAUGGGGAGACCGCCUCUAGAAAGGGGUACUUGGGAAAGAUGGGGGAGCAAACUGCAAGGGCAAAGGCUUCAGUCCAUCCAGGGCAGGAGUCAGUGUGCCCCUGGGAGGACGCAGCCCCUGAGCAGUCCAGCCCACAUCCAGACAGCUCCUCCUCCAAGGCUGGUGGGCAGUUCCCAAGCAGUGGGGCCAGCCAGGCCUUGCAAGUGUGUCACCGGGAAGAGCUCAAGUCAGAAGAGAAGCAGGCAAAGCCUUCAACAGCAGAAAUCUGUCCCUGGGAAGUAGAUGGAAGAACCGGGGACAGGACAUCAGAACACACACCAAAAAGAGAAUUUCAAAAAGGUGAGGAAAAAGUACCUGGAAAAGCAAGAAUCCAAACUUGGGAAAAGACUGGGAGGCAGAUCCAAAAGCAGGAAGCGAUCUGCCCUUGGGAGAGCAUGGACCUUGGUAGCACUCCACAAAAAGACACAGAGAAACCCCAAGCCAUUCUCCAGAAGCAAGGCAGUAUGGGAGGCAAAGCUGCUGAGAUCUGCCCAUGGGACAUGGAGGAGAGCCUGACGGCUGAGAAGGCCAAGAUCUGUCCCUGGGAAGUGGGUGCUGGCGCCGGAGAGGAGAGGACUGUGGGAGCUGGAGCCUCUGGGAUCUCUCUGAAUGACACAGGCCAGACUUCUGCAGAUUCUGGACCUAGGCAGAUAGCAGCUACUACUCCAAAUAAGUCAGAGAGGCCGAGCCUGGAGAAGGAGGAGGUCUGUCCGUGGGACAGUGUGGGCUCAGGGGACUCCUGUCAGCAGCCAGACACUCUGAGCACCGAGAAACCAAAAGAUGGGCUCCAGGAUGGUGUGAUCGCCAGGCCAAUAGAGGUGUGUCCCUGGGAAGUAGAGGAAGUUCCUGUCAGUGAAAAAGCCAAGAUCUGUCCCUGGGAUGUGAAUGUGGGAACCAAGGUGAAAAGCCUGGAGCGAGAGACAGAGAGUGAGCCAGCGGAGGAAGGGCCAAAGGAUCUGGAAAAGGUGGCAGCCCAGGUCACUGAGGUCUCAGGCUUGCCCAGCAACAUCAACAGUCAGAUCGCAGAAGGGCAGUCCUUGGAAGCAAGUGACAGGGUGACAGAUAUGGGAGUCCUGAGGGAAGAUCUGAAGACAGGUUCUCUCCCAGAACACACAACCCAAGGAAAAGCUGCAGCUUUGAAAUCACAGUUCCCCGUGGACGAGGGAGGAACAAGCAAGGAGCUAGCCAGCCCCCAGACACUGGUCAGUGCGGGCAGGAGGGUUGCUGAGGUGUGUCCAUGGGAUGCUCCUAUCCCAGAACAGAAUGAACCUGACAGUGACACCAAGGUUGAGCUCUGUCCCUGGAAGGUGACUGGGAGAAUUAUGGAGCCACAGACAUCAGGACCGAAUGAAAAGGACUCUCAAGAGGAACAAGAAAGGGUCCCUGAAAAACCAGAGCACAAAGGGGUAGCAGUUCAGGAAAUGCCACAGAUCAGCAGCCUUGGGAAGCAGGAAGCUAUGUGUCCUGGGGAAAGUCAGGACUUUGGGGUGCAACCAGCCACAGGUGCUUCUGACGGAAGCAAAGGCGGUUCUGAGAAAGUGGGCUCUGUGGGGUCCAGGGUGGCAAAAGUGUGUCCUUGGGAAGUAGAAGAAGUUCCCUCUGCUAAGAAAGCAGAGAUCUGCCCUGGGGAAACAAGUUCAGGAGAGGUGGUGGAGGGGGCACUGGACCAGGGGCAGGAUCGAGAGUCACAGGGGGCUGGAGGAGCUGAAGGACGCUUUUUAGAAGCAGAAGGGACAGUCUACCCCUUGGAAGGCACAGAGUCAGCAGAGCUCUUCCCUGAAGCAAACAUCCUGGACACAGACCACUGUAAGGUCAGCCCCCAUGGAUCAAGCAGCCCAGGGAAAAGGCCAGCAGAACUAUGUCAGUGGGAAGUCACAGACCCAGAAGGAAAUAAAAUCAAGGGCACCAUGGCAGAUAUCUGUCCAUGGGAGGAAGCCAGAGCCCCAACUGAUGGAUCUGGCCUCCUGGCUUUACCGACAACCCAGACAGAUGUCCCUGCUGCUCCUGAGAACUCACUCUGCCUCUCUGUACACAGACCUUUGGAGAGCUUUGUUCCAGUGAGCAAGAGCGUCCGUCCAGAAGUGAACAAGUCACCCAGUGCUUUUCUUCUGGAAGGUGUCAGAGAACAAGAACCUUUGGGACUUGAGGCUGGAGCCAAGUCAGCUCCAGAGCCCAGUCUCGAAGAAGCGGAGGCUCCAAAGCCUUCCUCCUUAACUGAAGACCAAGGACAAAUGGCUUCUGAAACUCAAGAUGGAGAACUUAGCCCUCCAUUUGCUUAUCCUUGGGACUGUGAAUGACACUGCCAUAGAGAGGUCAGAGCUCCUUCAGGACACGUCCCACGUGCCAGUUCCCAAAUAGCUGACUCAAAGACUACAGACGCUUGGCUUCUCCUCUCCUCAAGAGGCCAGAAGGCAAUUCAUUCAAAAACUGUACAAGAGGGGUGCAGUUUGGGGGCUAAGAGAUGGCUCAGAGGUUAAGAGCACUGGCUGCUCUUCCAGAGGUCCUGAGUUCAAU